AGCUGUUUUCGUGGUGCUGCUCAGACUCGUAGCUCGUCUGUCGGAGCCAGAACACCAACGACCCCCACAAACCUUCAACCUGCCGGAAACAUGCGUGAGUGCAUCUCAAUCCAUGUUGGUCAAGCUGGUGUGCAGAUUGGCAAUGCAUGUUGGGAACUCUACUGCUUGGAGCAUGGAAUUCAGCCCAAUGGCACAAUGCCAAGCGACAAAACAAUCGGUGGUGGUGAUGACUCAUUCAACACCUUCUUCAGCGAGACGGGUGCCGGGAAGCACGUCCCUCGUGCUGUGUUUGUAGAUCUGGAACCAUCAGUAAUAGAUGAAGUGCGGAAUGGGACGUAUAAACAACUCUUCCACCCUGAACAGCUGAUUUCUGGAAAGGAAGAUGCUGCUAAUAAUUAUGCAAGAGGUCACUACACUGUUGGGAAAGAGAUCAUCGACUUAGUACUGGAACGUGUCAGGAAGUUGGCUGACCAGUGUACUGGCUUGCAAGGAUUCCUGAUUUUUCACAGCUUUGGGGGAGGUACUGGCUCUGGUUUUACUUCUCUGCUGAUGGAACGCCUCUCAGUCGACUAUGGAAAGAAAUCAAAAUUAGAAUUUGCCAUAUACCCAGCUCCUCAAGUUUCAACUGCUGUUGUUGAGCCAUAUAACUCCAUCCUUACUACCCACACGACCCUUGAACAUUCUGACUGUGCCUUCAUGGUUGACAAUGAAGCUAUCUAUGAUAUUUGUCGUAGGAACCUGGACAUUGAACGCCCUACCUACACCAAUCUCAACCGCCUAAUUGGUCAGAUUGUCUCCUCAAUCACUGCUUCUCUCAGAUUUGAUGGUGCCUUAAAUGUGGACUUGACAGAGUUCCAGACAAAUCUGGUGCCUUAUCCUAGAAUCCACUUCCCCUUGGUAACUUAUUCCCCCAUUAUUUCAGCAGAGAAAGCUUACCAUGAGCAACUCUCUGUCUCUGAGAUUACUAAUGCUUGCUUUGAGCCAUCCAAUCAGAUGGUGAAGUGUGAUCCUCGUCACGGUAAAUACAUGGCCUGUUGUAUGUUAUACCGUGGAGAUGUUGUCCCUAAGGAUGUCAAUGCUGCUAUUGCUGCUAUCAAAACCAAGCGUACCAUUCAGUUUGUUGACUGGUGUCCUACUGGUUUUAAGGUAGGUAUUAAUUACCAGCCCCCAACAGUAGUUCCUGGUGGUGACUUGGCCAAAGUCCAACGUGCAGUCUGUAUGCUCAGCAAUACUACAGCUAUUGCAGAAGCCUGGGCUCGUCUGGACCACAAGUUUGACUUGAUGUAUGCCAAGCGAGCUUUUGUCCAUUGGUAUGUUGGAGAAGGAAUGGAAGAAGGAGAAUUUUCUGAGGCCCGAGAAGAUCUCGCUGCACUUGAGAAGGAUUAUGAAGAAGUGGGCACAGACUCUUUGGAUGGUGAGGAUGAAGGCGAGGAAUAUUAAACUUUUUAAAAAAUCUAAUGUAUGGCUAUUACCACUUUCUGCCUUGCCUAUAAUAAUGUAAAUGGGAAGCACAUCUCUUAAAUGUAAACUGUACAUGUAGCAUCCCAUGCAAAGUGUUUGGAAUAAAUGCAUAUAAUCAAGUAAUUUUCCAGAUGAUUUUGCAAGUGCUGAAAUAUUUAGCUGGAUACAAAUAAAAUAUUCCUGCAUAUUAGUAA